AUGCUGCAGGUCUCGUCUUCAACAGCAGUCACGGACUCAACUUCAGCAGAGUCUUCCAAUUCCGCCUCAUCGGAGUCGGUCUUCUAUGAUACUCUGCAAGUACCUUUCACCGGCACAGAGGAGUUAACGGCGCCGGUCCCUAUUAGCACCGUCAGUCCAAGUGGGAGCAUCCGCGGUACCAUCAUCUACGCUGCGCGGUUCGUAACGACGACGAUCCUGUACACCCCGACUGGCGACGAACCGACAACACCGGUCCCGCUGUCCACUAUCCAACCCUCGGGCACCGUCUCCGGAACCGUGAUCAUUGGUACUCCCGCACCCGCAUCCUUCAUCACGACGACCAUCCCCUACAGCCCGACCGGAUCCGACGUCACCGGACUCGUCACGCUCACCACCUUGCCGGCGAGCGGGACACAGCCGGCGCUGGUCGUCAUCGGCUCGCCGUUGGCGCAAGCGGUUUUCAUCACGACAACAGUGACGUCUUCGGUGCCGGGCCCCACGACGGUGACGACGAUCCAACCUUCCGGCACAGAACCUGGGCUCGUCAUCAUCGCGGUCCCCAACUCCUUGGAAUCUUCUACGGCUUCAACAACCUCGUCUGAUGCAGAGUCUACACCUUCGAGCGAAGCCAGCUCGGAUGUGGUCUCGACCACUUCAUCAACUUCCGUAUCGACGACCGAGGGCUCCGAGAGCUCCGAGACAAGCAGCAGUACGGAAUCAAGUGUUAGUAGCACUGAUGCUAGCACUAGUAGCAGUGUCCAAGAAAGCAGCAGCAGCAGCAGCACCGAUGCAGAAUCAGCCACAACGGAUUCGUCAUCUCUUGUUUCUUCUACUCUUUCGACAAUUUCAAGUGAGGUCACGAGCAGUACUGAGCCUAGCAACACCGCAAUCAGCAGUUCAGAGUCUAGUACUAUUACAGAACCUAGCAGUAGUGAACCUUCUAGCACGGGAUCAAGCAGCACAGAUCUCAGCAGUACUGAGUCUAGCAGCACAGAGACCUCCAGUAUUGAAACCAGCAGUACCGAGUCUAGUAGUACUGAGAACUCUAGCACAGUAUCAAGCAGCACCGAGACCAGCAGCACCGAGACCAGCAGCACCGAGACCAGCAGCACCGAGACUAGCAGCACAGAGACUAGCAGUACGGAGACCUCCAGUGCCGAGGCCUCCAGUACUGAGACCAUCAGUACCGAGACCUCCAGUACCGAGUCCAGCAGCACAGAUUCUAGCAGCACGGAGUCUACCAGCACAAGUUCAAGCACCGCAGAAGCUAGCAGUACAGAGACCAGUAGUAUCGAUACCAGUAGUGUAGAGACCUCUACCACUGAGUCCAGCAGUACCGAGGCCUCUAUUACAGCAUCAAGUAGUAGUACAGAGUUGAGCAGUACCGAAUCUAGCAGCACGGCGACUAGCAGCGCAGAUGCCACCAGUACUACAGAAUCUUCUAGCACGGAAGCAAGCAGUACAGAGUCCAGCAGUACAGAGUCCAGCAGUACAGAGUCCAGCAGUAUUACAGAAUCCAGUAGCACCGAGACCUCCAGCACAGAAACAGCCAGUAGUGAAGACUCCUCCAGCACAGGAUUAACCAGUACGGAGGCUAGCAGCUCAACUACAGACAUCUCCAGUUCAGACUCCUCUUCAGACACAACCAGCUCUUCAUCACAGAGCACUCUCUCUACCGACACGUCUUCAAGUACUGCAGCGAGCAGCUCAUCUGAAGAUGCCCUGGGAACGACAACAUCUGACAGUUCCACGAGUGCCACUGAGGCAACCACCUCCGACACGAGCACGACGGAUACCAGCACAUCUGAGAUCACGCCGGCCCCGUACAUCACAUCCGAGGUCUUCGACGCGUCAGUGACUGCGCCGAUCACCAUCUCCACCGUUCUGCCCACGGGAAGCUCGCCCGGCGUCUACAUCGUGGUGAACCCUGCGUCGUAUGUGACUUCGGAAGUAACUUACACGGGCUCCGAGUCUCUCACGGCGCCGUCGACCUUGUCCACCAUCCCGCCCUCUGGAACCGCGCCAGGUACCUUCAUCGUCGCUCGGCCGGCCGCCUUCUACGUCACAUCUCAACUCAUCUAUACCGGCCCCUCGUCGAUUGAUGAACCUGUUCCCGUCAGCACCAUCGAGCCAAGCGGCGGAUCCCCCGGUACCGUUAUUGUGGCCGUCCCUGCGUCCUUCUACACCACAUCUACGGUGAUCUAUACCGGUCCCGAAGACUCAUUCGCUGUUCCUACGGCCAUCUCAACCGUGGCCCCCUCUGGCACGGCUCGCGGCACCGUCCUCUUCGCGGCCCGUUAUGCGGUGGCAAGAGUCCCGUACACAGGUACUUCGAUCAUCACGGCGCCGAUCCCCGUGGCCACGAUUCCUCCCAGCGGCACCGCGCCUGGGACAAUCGUCUACGCGGACCCUCCGACAACGGCGGAAUAUGUGUUUUCGACUGUCUUCCUCACCGCUUCGGAUGCCCCCGAGGAGACGACAUUCACCUCCAUCGCACCCAGCGGCACGACGCCCGGCCUGAUUGUCGUCGGCAGGCGGGCGUUGUUCGUCACGGUCACGAGACCUUACACUGGAACAGACCUUCCUACUGGGGUUUCAACGGUGUCGAUAGUCCAGCCGUCCGGAACGGAGCCUGGUACGGUCUAUCUCGAAGUCCCAAUCACGACAGUAUCGGUUUCAACUACAACAGACGCGUCUACUUCCUCGGCAUCAACUACGAGCGAGGAGACUUCUAGCGAGGUAUCCAGUAGCGAGUCGACAUCUUCGACGGAAUCAAACGCUUCUGCAGACUCCACUACAACCACAGAGUCGGCGUCCACUACGUCGUCGCUCUCGUCUGAUACAGAAACAACGUCAAGCACUUUCGGCAGCUCCAGUUCUGAGUCCACGUCGGUGUCACAAGAACCGCUCUCGACCACAACCUCUAGCUCAGAACUUGACGCAGCCUCGACGACAUCCACAAGUUCCUCGACGAGUGAGACCUCGGAACCCUCAACCGAGUCCAGCACAGAGAACACUUCGACAUCUUCAAGCACUUCUCCCGCCUCUGAAUCCUCUUCCGAGUCCUUGGUUUCCUCUUCCACAACCAGCUCAGAAUCUCCCAGCAGCACUUCCACAACUGAAGAAACAAGCACCUUGGAAACCUCGACGAUUGAGACUAGCUCUUCGACCUCGACAACUUCCUCGAUUGAACCAGAGUCAGAGUCUUCCAGCUCUUCAACCUCACUCGAACCUGAGAUUACUCCCUCUUUCGUCACCACCACCGUGUUGUACACCGGCAGCGAGACCCUUACCGGACCUACCCCCCUUUCGACCAUCUCACCGGUUGGCACUCAACCAGGUACCGUGAUCAUCGGGACACCGCUCUUCGCCUCCUUCGUUUCGACGACAAUCGCCUACACCGGCACCGAGGUCUUGACCGGCCCGAUCCCGGUGUCUACGAUCCCGCCCAGCGGGACGCAGCCGGGCACCCUAGUUUUCGCGACCCAAGUCCUCGAGAGCAGCUCUGCCUCCUUCGUCACAACCACGGUCCCUUACACGGGCACCGAGACUCUGACGGGACCUUCGGCCCUGACAACCAUCCCUCCCAGUGGAACGCAGCCGGGCACCGUGGUCAUUGCGACGCCUGUCUCGGAGAGCCUCUUCUCCUUUGUCACAACCACGGUCCCAUUCACGGGCACCGACGUGUUGACGGGCCCCUCGACUUUGACAACCAUCCUGCCUACCGGCACCGAGCCAGGGACCGUCGUGGUCGUCACGCCGCUCUCCUCAACAAGCCUGGAAGCCUCCUUCGUCACCACGACGGUGGCUUACACGGGAAGCGAUGUCCUCACCGAGCCGACGCUCAUCGCCAGCAUCCCGCCCAGUGGCACCCAACCAGGAACUAUUAUUUUCGCGACUCAAGCGUCCGUGGCGCCGGCUUCCUUCGUCACGACGACCGUCCUCUACACCGGAAGCGACACCAUCACCGGCCCCGUCCCGUUGACCACGAUUGCGCCGGCGGGAACGAACGCCGGGACGGUCGUCAUCGCCACACCGGCCUCGGAUCCCGGCUACGUCACGUCAACCGUGUUGUACACCGGAAGCGAUCCCAUCUCCGAGCCGACGGUCAUCAGCACUGUGCCGCCGGUUGGUACGACGCCUGGAACACUCAUUGUGGCCACUCCGGCUUCAGCUGAGGCAGCUUCUUAUGUCACCACCACUGUCCCGUACUCUGGGAGCGAAACGAUAACUGGCGCCAUCGCCAUUUCAACCGUUGCCCCGGUUGGAUCUACACCAGGCACAAUCAUUGUGGCCACGCCCGUGUCCGUUGAAGCAGCAUCAUACGUCACAACCACCGUUCUCUACUCUGGAAGCGACACGAUAACUGGUAUCGUCGCUAUAUCAACUGUUGCUCCUGUCGGUACAACACCCGGUACUAUCAUUCUGGCUACUCCGGCUUCGGUUGAGCCCGCUUCCUAUGUCACCACCACUGUCCCGUACUCUGGCAGUGACACGAUAACCGGCGCCAUCGCCAUAUCGACUGUGGCCCCAGUUGGCACAACACCCGGCACGAUCAUCCUGGCGACUCCAGCGUCAGUGGAAGCCGCUUCAUACGUGACAACUACCGUCGCUUACUCCGGAAGCGAUACGAUAACCGGUGCCAUUGCCAUCUCAACCGUCGCUCCCGUUGGAACUGUACCCGGCACUGUGAUUUUUGCGACUCCAGCCUCCAGCUCGAGCCUUUCAGAAUCAUACAUCACGACCACCGUCCUUUACUCUGGCACUGACACAAUUACCGGCGCCACCACCAUAUCUACCGUUGCCCCCGUUGGGUCUGCACCAGGGACAUACAUCGUGGCCACUCCAGCUUCGGUUGCGGCUGCCUCGUAUGUCACAACGACUAUCCCCUACACAGGCAGCGAGGCCAUCACUGGCGCGACUACGUUGACCACCAUCCCCCCCAGCGGAAGCAUCGACGGGACUGUCAUUGUUGCGACCCCUGGACCCAGCAGCAGCAGCAGCAGCAGCAGCAGCUCCGACGUGUCGCCGUCGUACGUGACUACCACGGUCUUGUACUCGGGAACCGAUUCCAUCACCGGCCCGGUCGCAGUUUCAACGGUCCCUCCGAGCGGGACCGUCGCCGGCACCAUCGUCUUCGCCAUCCCCGCGUCAAGCUCCGAGGAGCCUUCUGCAUCGUAUGUCACCACGACGGUGCCGUACACGGGAAGCGACACGAUCACGGGUCCGACUGUGCUGUCGACAGUUUCACCAAGCGGCGGCAACGCCGGGACGGUAAUCGUAGCCACUCCGGUCUCGAGCUCAUCCACCUCCGAGCCCUUCACCUCGUUCGUCACCACCACGGUCUUCUAUCAAGGAACCGAGCCCAUCACCGGACCGGUGCCCAUCUCAACCAUCCCACCGGCCGGUACUACGCCCGGGACGCUCGUCAUUGCAGUUCCCUCUUCCCAAUCGUCCAGCACGACGGUAUCCGAGACCUCUACCUCCUCUUCGGAGCCGGUUCAGUCAAGUUCGGACUCUAGCACGUCAUCCUCCUCGUCGUCGUCGUCGUCGUCGUUGGAGCCUAGUACUUCCACGUCCGAAUCGACGACUUCCACAGCAUCGUCCGAGUCCAGUACUCUCGAGGUGUCAACCAAUUCAUCGGAAUCCACAACAUCGACGUCAGAGUCAGAGUCCAACACCUCCCAGUCCGCCACGAGCAGCACGUCAAGUAUUACCUCAGACUCCAGCACUUCCGAGUCCGAGUCCGCAACAAGUUCGUCCUCUAGUUCUGUUGCAACUACUUCAAGCUCUACGACCUCAGAAGCCGUCUCCUCGACCUCAGAAUCCAGCAGUUCCACUAGCAGUUCGACAACUGCGGUCUCCACGUCAAGCUCGGAUUUCCCAACUUUAUUUGUCACCACAACCGUUCUGUACACCGAGAGCUUCAUCACAGGCCCGACUCCCCUCACGACGGUCCCGCCAAGCGGUACGUUUGCCGGUACGGUCAUUAUCGGAACGCCUCCGUCGAUCCUCGCCGCCUAUGUCACCACGACAGUGCUGUUCACGGGUAGCGAGGUGAUAACGCAGCCGACGAUCCUGACCACGGUCCCGCCCAGCGGUACGGUCUCCGGAACCGUCAUUGUUGCCACCCCGGCCUCGAUCUCGGCGACCUACGUCUUCACCACAGUCCUGUACGAUGGCAGCGUUCCCAUCACCGGCCCGAAGCCCCUCACCACCAUUGCGCCCAGCGGCACGAUCGCAGGAACCGUGGUUUUCGGCACCCCUGCGUCGGCCGUCACCUCCUACGUCACCACGACCGUUCCAUACACCGGAACAGAGCAAAUCACGGGGCCCAUCGCCAUACAAACGAUUCUCCCGAGCGGCACCAACGCCGGGACCGUGGUUGUGGCCACUCCCGCUCCGGCGGUUACCUCGUUCGUGACAACGACCAUCUUGUUCCAGGGGCCAGAGGAGAUCACGGGCCCGACUACGCUGACCACCAUCCCCCCCAGCGGCACGAACGCAGGCACCGUCAUCGUGGCUACUCCUGUUCCGCCGGAAACAUCGUACGUGACCACGACGGUGCUAUACACUGGUCCACAGACCUUGGCUGGGCCGACCACUCUCUCGAGCGUCCCUCCACGCGGCACCACGCCCGGUACCAUCAUAAUCGGCACCCCAGCACCUCGAUUCGUGACUUCGGAAGUCCUGUACAGCGGCACCGGCGUUCUGACGGGGCCCAGCACCAUUUCCACGGUACCCCCGAGCGGUACAGCCGCUGGGACUUACAUCGUCGCCACGCCGGCGGCCGUCUAUGUCACUUUGGAACAGUUCUAUACCGGAGCAGAUGGGGCCGUCUCAACCCCCACGGUGGUCUCUACAAUCCCGCCCAGCGGCACCGCGCCAGGCACUUUCAUCGUCGUCAAUCCUGCCGUGUUCGUCACCUCUCGAGUGUUGUACACAGGGACAGACACCGCCGUCACCGCUCCCACGGCUGUCUCCACGAUCCUGCCGAGCGGAAGCACACCGGGCACAAUCAUCGUGGCUAGCCCCGGCAUCUAUGUGACGUCGUCGGUGAUUUACACCGGGACGGACCCGGCGUUCUCCGCUCGGACUACGGUUUCCACGAUUCUGCCGAGCGGAAGUGCACCGGGGACAUUCAUUGUGGUCAAUCCAGCGGUCUAUGUCACUUCGACAGUGCUUUACACCGGCACAGAUCCAGCGUUUACGGCACCGGCUCCGAUUUCAACCAUCCUACCCAGCGGCACAGCUGCUGGUACAAUCAUCGUAGCCAGUCCCGGCGUCUACGUUACCUCUUCAGUGCUCUACACCGGCACAGACCCGGCGUUCACGGCACCGGCCCCAGUCUCAACUAUUCGGCCCAGCGGCACGGCUGCCGGGACCAUCAUUGUAGCCAGUCCCGCUUCGUACGUCACCACCACGGUGCUUUACAGCGGCAGUGCAACUAUUUUCAGCCCCUCGGUGAUAUCCACGGUGCCACCCGUCGGCACGCAACCAGGCACAAUCAUCGUAGCUACGCCCGCGCCUCGUUUUGUCACAUCCCAAGUUCUGUACAGCGGCACUGAGGCGCUCACGGGUGCGACGACUAUAUCAACCGUUGCGCCCAGCGGGAGCGCGGCCGGCACGUACAUCGUCGCAACUCCUGCUUCCUAUGUCACCUCGACCGUGCUUUACAGCGGCAGUGCAACUAUUUUCAGCCCCUCGGUGAUAUCUACAGUACCACCCGUCGGCACGCAACCAGGGACAAUCAUUGUGGCCACGCCUGCCCCUCGCUAUGUCACUUCGCAAGUCUUGUACACUGGCCCAGACACCCUUACAGGACAGACUACUUUGUCGACUAUUGCCCCUAGCGGAACUGUGGCUGGCACGUACAUUGUGGCAACUCCUGCGUCCUAUGUCACCUCGACCGUGCUUUACAGCGGCAGUGCAACCAUCUUUAGUCCUUCAGUAAUUUCGACUGUGCCACCUGUUGGGACCACGCCAGGCACAAUCAUCGUGGCCACGCCUGCACCUCGCUAUGUCACUUCGCAAGUCUUAUACACUGGCCCAGACACCCUUACAGGACAGACGACCUUGUCGACUAUUGCCCCCAGCGGGAGUGUGGCCGGCACCUACAUUGUGGCAACUCCUGCGUCCUAUGUCACCUCGACCGUGCUUUACAGCGGCAGUGCAACCAUCUUUAGUCCUUCAGUAAUUUCGACUGUGCAGCCCGUUGGUACGACGCCGGGUACAAUCAUCGUGGCAACCCCGGCGCCUCGUUUCGUCACUUCCAGAGUCGUCUAUAUCGGUACCGAGGCACUCACUGGAGAAACAACGCUUUCGACGGUUGCUGCCUCCGGGACGACGCCGGGCACUUACAUCGUGGCGAGCCCGGCCUCCGUCUAUGUAACUUCCACCGUUGUGUACACUGGCUCGGACACGAUCUCGGAGCCAACAGUGAUCUCGACGGUCCCUCCCGUUGGAACGAGGCCAGGCACAAUCAUUCUGGCAGCUCGCUAUGUCACGUCCUUGGUAGACUACCAGGGCACCGUCCCGAUCACGGGGCCCACGGCGAUAUCGACGGUCGGGCCCUCGGGCACGGCACCGGGUACCUUCAUCAUCGCCACCCAAGCUGCCAUCUUCGUCACGUCUUCGGUUCAGUACUCUGGGUCCGGCACGAUCAGCGGCCCCUCGGCCAUCUCGACGAUCCCGCCUGUCGGCACGCGGGCCGGCACGAUCAUCGUGGCCACUCCGCCCCCGGAACCCUCGUACAUCACGACAACCAUCUUCCUCACGGCCUCCGACGCGCCCGAAACUACCACCGUCGCAUCCAUCCCGCCGAGCGGCACGAACCCCGGUACGAUCGUCGUGGGCAGGCGAGCAGUGUUCGUGACCGUCGUCGGCCCCUACACCGGGACGGCGAGUGUGCCCACGGGCUCGACGACCGUUUCGAUUGUCCAACCCAGCGGCACUCAGCCUGGCACGGUGUACGUGCAGACACCGACGACGACGGUGGCGAGGUCGACAACGGCUACGUCCAGCCCAUCCUCCACCGUGACUUCCAGCUCCACUACUACGUCUGCCUCAUCCACAGUGUCUUCAAGUACCAGUAGCUCAUCACCGUCGAGUACUGCGUCCUCGACAAGUUCGAGCUCGUCUUCUUCCAGUUCAUCCAGCAGCUCUGUCGUGUCCCCAACACCGACGUCGUCGUCAAGCAUCUCCUCGAGUAGCUCAUCAACCAGCGUCACUCUCAUCAUCGCCUUCGAGCUCGGCUUCAUCUACAAGCUCAAGCUCGUCCUCGAGCUCGCCUGCUGGCACUGCCAUCAACAACACACUGCUGACGACGACCACCGGUUCUACGCUCUCUACACUGACGAGGUCCUCUUCCUCAUCCACGUCCACCUCUUCUUCUUCAUCGCGAACUUCUACAACAAGUACUACCACUUCCUCUUCAAGCUCUUCCUCUUCAUCCUCAAGCUCUUCGUCUUCAUCUUCAACAUCUCCGUCUUCGUCGUCGAGCAGUUCGUCCUCAAGCUCCUCUUCUCGGACUACAACCACUACCACAACCUCAUCGUCCAGCUCCUCGCCCAGCUCUUCGUCCAGCUCUUCGUCCAGCUCUUCGUCCACUUCUUCGUCAAGGACCAGCAGCAGCUCAAGUUCAAGCUCGAGUUCAAGCUCGAGUUCAAGCACGACAUCGUCAUCCACUCGCACUACCACAAGCUCCACCACCACCACCAGUAG